AAGAAUAACUAGCAUAUACAAGGUUCAAAUUUUUAUUUCGUUAAUAGUAAAUUUCCUAUCAGAAAUAGUUGCAUUUUAUGCAAUGACCAUAACAUAUAUUCAAAAGGAAAAAACUUUAGAACUUACUGUUAAUUAUUACCAGCAAGAAAGUUUAAUUUUGAUUGCAUUUUUCUCAAAAAUAAUGUACAUCAGUAACUCAUGUUACAAUGUUACUUUAGAGGCUGGUAAAACUAAGGAGCAUCUUCUUUAUUUAGUAAAAGAUGUAAAUUUGAACUCUGAGAUUAAUGAAUUUAUUCAACAAAUGGAACAAUUUCCCGUUGUAUUUUCAAUUUGUGGAUAUCAAUUAAGUCAUCACAUGAUAACAUGUUUUAUAUUAGCAAUUGCGGAUAUAUUGACAUUUGUAUUGCAACUGUACCCCGUGAAACCAUUGGAUCCACAAGAAUAGGAUAAAUAAAGGAUAUAGUUCAAAAUAUGAUAAGAGCGUACUUUUCUCUUUGAAUUUUAAUUUUA